AUGGUUGUUAAACAGAUAAACUUUCUUUCAUGUAAAUUUUUCGUGGUGCCAAAUUAUCCAAUGCACAGCUUUUUGGUUCAGAUUCAGCUCGCGGUUGGCAUAGAGGCAAAUCUUGUCGGUGCAUCAAUGAUUGGUAUCACCGUGGAGGGGCUCGAUGUUGAGGUACUGGCGGCAGCAAUGGGUGGCAUCACUGUGGCCGGGCUAGAUGCUGAGGUAUCGGCUGGGGAUGUAGCGGUGGACCCAGAGAAAUCGAAAAGCGAAACUGCGGUCAAUGUGAAGGGCGACGGUGAGCCAAGAGAAGCCAUUGCCUUUUACCCGGCUGAAUUGACUGCCACCCCCAAUGACAUUUUUUAUAACAAAGGAGCAUGGAAAGUGUGGAGCAAUCUGUUUCUAAUCAUUUCGGUUGGUGGCUCCUAUCGGGCAGCGCUUUGGAGUGGUUGGAAAAUAUCUGCUGCAGUGGCCAUAGGAACCACUCUUGUGCUUGGGACGUGGCAGGCGACCUGGCAGAUGGCACGGCUAGGGAUUGGCAAUGUUCCUACAUGGGCAAUGCUGCUUGAAUUGACAAUGCAGUGGUCGCUGUUUGCAGGUGAGAAGUACUUCCUGGGUCCAUUCCAAUUACGGUCGAAACUUCUUGCCACACUUUUGGCACCAUGGUUCUAUGUUGCCUUCCGAGGAAGAAGGGUUUUUGGAAUGGGAACUGGCGUGAUAUUUCGCUUGAUGGGCGCCCUGACCCUUUUUCUCGGCAGCUACCUUGCGGCAUUGAGGGCAUUGCUCCCAACGGAAGAUCUCCAGGACAUCUUUUAUCCAGUGGUUGCGCUCGUGUACAAGAUAGUCCUCAACCCUUUGAUGCGAUUCACUUGGAUGUAUUUUCCUGGCCGUCGUGAUUGUUCCGCGUUAUGGCUGACAGCUGGCAUUUCCACUGUUGCUGUCUCUUCAGAAGGCUUCUACUAUGGUGGGCUUGCGCUGAUGCUUGCUAUCGGACAGGGCAGUGAGUGGCAGGUGGUUCGCAGGGGCGCGAUUUCCGUGGCUACACAUGCUGCAUUUGUCAUACUUGGCCGCUUCAAUGUAAUUGGCACUGCAGUACUUUUUGCGAGGCGCAUGGCUGCCCGUCAGGUGGGCUGGCGCGUGCCUGAGAUCGAGGAAUAUGGAGCCCAGAAGGAUCUCGUCCUCCGAUCCUCUUCCAUGGCAGCAUAUUUUUCCUGGGUCAUCACGUUUUUGUCAUUUAUCCUCUAUAUGCUCGCUUCUUUAGCAGCGCACAACCUUUGA